AUGGAUCCGGAGGCGUUCCUUGAUAUCGCCAACCAGGUGAUCAAGCUGAAGAUGUUCCCGUACUUUGACAUCGCGCACAGCCUGCUCUGUGCACUGUCGGUCAAGGAGGAUCUCGGUGCGGGUGCACACACGUUCUCGCGCAAGCACCCGCUCGCCUGCUGGCUGUCGACGAUGCUGGUCGUCUUUGCCGGCGGCAUGGUCGCGAACGGGCUGCUGGGUGAGCCAAUUUUGGCCCCGCUCAAGAACACACCCCAGCUGCUGGUCGCCACGGCCUGCUGGUACAUCGUCUUCUACACGCCUUUCGACAUUGGCUACAAGGUGGCCAAGUUCCUGCCGAUCAAACUGGUGGCAAGCGCCAUGAAGGAGAUCUACCGUGCGAAGAAGAUCCACGACGGUGUGACACACGCUGCUAAGCUGUACCCGAAUGCGUUCAUCAUCAUGAUCAUUAUCGGUACGCUGAAGGGCAACGGUGCCGGUUUCACCAAGCUGAUCGAGCGCUUGAUUCGUGGUGUGUGGACUCCCACGGCAAUGGAGUUCCUGCAGCCAAGCUUCUACACCAAGGCAUCCCUGAUCGCCUCGAUCAUCUUCGUGCUGGACAAGAAAACGGACCUGAUCUCGGCCCCGCACGCGCUCGUCUAUUUCGGCAUCGUCAUCUUCCUGGUGUACUUCAAGCUGUCGUCGAUUCUGCUCGGCAUACACGAUCCGUUCGUGCCGUUCGAGAAUCUAAGCUGCGCCCUGCUGUUCGGCGGCAUCUGGGACAGCUUGGCCAAGAUUCUGGGCCGUGGGCAGGCGAAGGAAGAACCGAAGGAUGCGAAAAAGUCCAACUAA